AUGAGGGGUAUCAUUUUAUUGAGUUUUAUCCUCACAUCUUGUUUAGCGGCAGAUGCUGUCCCUGCUGCUGCUGCCGCGCCCGCUGAUGAUGCUGCCGGUGUCGCUGCUGCUGCUGGUGCUGGUGCAGUUACAACUACCACUCCAGCUGGCGCUGCUGCUGCUGCUGCUGCAACCACUGCAACCACAGCUAAAACAAACACUGCAACCACUACCAACGCUGCUGCUGCUGCUGCUGAUACAUUGGCUACUAAAGGCACUACUACAGGUACAGUGAAGACAACUGGAGUCACUACAGGUACAGCUAAAACCACUGCAGCAACUGCUGUUACUGCAGACACUGCUGUAGCAGCAAAUCCUGCUACUAUGAAUCCAUCUGAGUUGUCUGUAUAUUCAUUGACAGUUACCAUGAACCAAGCACAAUUACAAAACUUUUUAGCCACCCACACUGGUGCUGCUGCUGCUGCUGCUACUACGAGUGCUACCGGUACAUCUGCAGCAUCUGGUGCAAGCUUAGACGACUCCACAACAGCUGCUGCUGCUGCUGGCGGUGAUAGUAAUGGAGCUGCUACUAUUGAUGAUACCACUAAAGGUCUUACAUUUGUCACAUCUAGAACGUUGAAACCAAGUAGUAGUGCAACCUCGCAAGCUUCUGCUCAAGCACUGGGUUCUGGUUCUAAUGCUGGUCAAGCUAAUUCAGCUGGUGUAUAUUCAACAAGCUCUAUUCUUGUAUUCAUUUCUAUUUGCAUAAGUUUUAUUGGAGGUUCAUUGGGUAUAUAA